AUGGCUCCUCAUGGAUGGGCUUUGCUCUGGACGCUGAGCGCGGUCUGGACCAGCGCUGCCGGAGAAGGCGCUCAGAUAGACCAGAUGGGCCAGCGGUGCUACUGGCUCUCUGGGUCUGGGUGCACCUGGUCCGAGGCUCACCAGGUCUGCAGGGAGACCGGGUCAGGGGGUCUGGCGGCGGUGGAGGGACCCCAGCUCCAGCGCUACAUCCAGCACUCCUUCCCCGUGAAGUCCAGUGUGUGGGUGUGGCUCAGGGGGGCGGGGCCUGAGGGCUCCCCGGGUCCCGGGGGUACGGCGUCGGAGGGCCCCGGCCUCUGCCCUCAGAUGGCCCUGGGGUCCCCAGGGCAGCGCCGGGGGACCGGGUGCAGCGAGCGCCACGCCGUCCUCUGUGAGGGAGACGUGAACGCCUCCUUGCCGUCCGUGGACAGUUACCUGACCGGGUUGGCCCUCAUGACGGGGGUCUACCCGGGAGUAGAGCUGCCCACCCUGCCCAACAUACCCAACGCCGGGCAGCACCCAGUGGAGCUGCAGCUGUUCCCUGGCUUAUGGAUUAGCCACGCAGGUGUUCUGGUGUCGAUAGAGAUGGUGGUCCAGCCCGGCACGCGCCCCAGCCUGGCCCGGGUGCAGAUCCUCAGGCCGUACUGCAGUCCCACGCACCAUCUCGUACCCCCAGGCUGCAGCGCUCUUCUGAAUCCGUUCAGCUGCUGCUCAGACGCCCCCCUGUGUAACACCACGGGCGGCUGCGCCGUGGGCCUCUACUGGUGCCAUCUGCGGGAGGUCUGCGUGCCCGUCGCCAGCCCCUGUAGCCCCUACGACCGGUCCCCGGCCGCAGGGGCCAGGUUCAGCUACGCACUGCCCCCCAGAUACCCCGCCACGCCGCCUUUCUACCACGUGGUGGCAGACCUGCCCCUCCGGAUGGACGCCGUCCGUGAGCUGACGAUUGUCCGACUGGUCCUACCUGACAGAAAGUUCACGGUCUAUCCUGACGAUGUUGUGGCCGUACAACACAACCGCCAGUCAGGGACCUUUGUGCAUUGUCCCGCUCCUGAGUCGCCCUCCAGCUCCCCCUGGCGCCAGAGCUACCUGUCCCUGGGGGGCUCUGAGGGCGGGGGCUGGUGGGAGGGAGGCCUCUCCUCCCCAGACCUGGGGGGCCGCUGGGUCGAUGAGGUGGUCUGCAACCUGCGGAUGCUCUACGUGGACGCCUUGCCCGGGAAGAGCCACGCCGUCCCAAACACGGAGCCCCCCCGCGACGUUGACGACCUCCCCGAUACUCGGAUGACCUCGGACCCUGAAGUCGUCUCCCUGAGUCCUGGUCCCGCUCCGCCUCCGGGUCGCAUCACAGGACUGGAGGUCAUCCACCCCCGGCCUGACGGCGACAAACAGCUCCACCUGCAGAUCCAGGUCCCGGUUCUGAGUGUCGUUAGGAUCCGGUCCGGAGGGCCCCACGCCAGCAGCUCCUGGUCGGCUCUGGGGCUCCGGACAGGGGCGCCCUUUCGACCGUUCUGCCCAGAGGAGGUGCCUGAACCCUGGCUUGGCUGCGAGCGAGAGUCCCCGGAUACCUGGUUCUCCUGGGUGACUCUGACGCUGCCGUCGGCUGGAGAGCACACCCUGGAGGUCAGCGCGGUGAACUCGGUGAGCAGCCAGAGUGUGAGCGUGACGGUGUGGGGCUACCAGGCAGUGAGCGGACUCAGCGUGGACCCCCCUGGACUCCUGAGGGUCCUGACCGACUCGGCACAGUCGUUCAAAGCCAAAGUAGAAACAGGUUCUUCUGUGAAGUUCACCUGGAUCAUGGAUCGCCUGGAGGAGUUCCCCUCUGAAGGAGACUCCUACAACGUGGUGUUGAAGAAACCUGGUGACUACAAACUCAAGGUGACCGCGGCCAAUCCGGUGAGCUCCCAGACGCAAGACGUUUUCCUAACCGCAGACGUCAUGGUUCCGCUGGCCAACCCGGAGUUCCUGUCUUCACAGGAAGUGGUUGCUGCGAACGACACACACCUGUACACCAUCAGGGUCCUGGUGGACACCGCUCUGGGGGUGACCUUCACCUGGAGUUUUGGGGACGACAGUGGCCACGUGAGCCACGCUCAUCCAGCUCCGUGUCUGACCAAAGAAGGACUGGUGGAGGAGGGAGAGAGACAGGUGUAUGUUCAGGACUCAAUCAGCCACGCAUACCUCCAGCCUGGUGACCACACACUCCAAGUCCACGUGUCCAACCCCUACGACAGCAUAGAGACUCUCAGGCUGGUGAAAGUUCGUCCCAGGCUAACGCGUCUCCUGCUCGCCUCCUCCCCUGCGGUGACCUCCGUCGAAGAGCCCUUCCUCAUGGAGGUGGAGGUCCACCCCUCGGCCGACGGGGUCUCGUACGUGUGGGACUUCGCUGAUGGCUCCCCGCCGCACCUGGGCUCCUUAGGAAGGAUCAGUCACGUCUUCAGAGCGCUCGGCCUGUACAACGUCAGCGUGCGAGCGGACAACGGCGUGAGCGCCCUGAUGUCCUGGCUGUCGGUCGAAGUGGCCGAGGAGGUUGCCGGUUUGACUCUGAGCUCCAACGGCCCCAACGAGUUGAGCUCCGCGACGGAGAUCCGAGGGGAGGUGGACUCCGGGAGCGGUGUUGUUCUGGAGUUUGAUUUUGGCGAUGCGUCGCCACUGCGGGAUUGGCCCCUAGGUGGCGUCGUGUCCCACACGUACAGGGCUCUGGGGAACUACACCGUCAUCGUGACAGCCUCCAACUCCCUCGGUUCAGUCCGUCAGUCCAUCAACGUUGAGGUCUACAAGUUAGGCAUCAGUGAGAUACUGCCUCGAGAGUGUGUCAGCACUCGUAAGGAGGUACAAUUCACGGCCCUAGUGACUGUGAACGUAUCCACAUGUACUUUCCAUUGGGACUUUGGAGAGGCAUUGCCUUCCGCUUUGGUGAAAGGAAAGCCCACAGCCACACACACAUACUCAAACCCCGGUGUUUUUCUUGUGAAUCUGACUGUGUACAGUCCUCUCAGCUCUAUGUACCUCAGUGCCAACCUUUGCGUUGAAGACUCAAUAUCGAGCGUGGCUUUGCAAACAUCAAAGAGUGUGGUGGCAGUGGGAGAACGAGUGUGUCUGAGUGUUCUCGUGCUUCCAGAACAAAUCGGUUACCGUUUUUUAUGGCAGAGCUCCCAGAGUCCCUCGAGUGAGGCGGCGAACGCUGACAGGUGUUUUGUCUUUAACAAGGAAGGAAAUGAAGAUGUGUCGGUAAUUGCGAGUAACAAAGUAAGCAGAAAAUCUGCAGAAAUCUCUAUUGUCAUUCAAAGGCCCGUGGGCAAGCCCUCUGUGGCACACAGUGGCCUAAAUGGUGCGCUGACUGUCAACACAACGGCGUCCUUCUGGGUUCACAGCUGCACAGGAACCAAUUACUCGGUUCUCUGGGAUUUUGGUGAUGGUUCCCCGGUGGGGAGUAGCGAGAACGUCUCCCACAUCUUCACCUCCACGGGACAGUUCUUGAUUAUCGCCACAGUGUUUAACGCCAUAAGCAAAACCUCAGCAACCCAGGAAGUGAUUGUUGUACUUCCUGUAAUAGACCUUGUGCUUCGCAGCGACCCACCCUGUGUCGCAGUGGGGGAGGAAACCGUUAUAACAGCAGUUAGCACCACUAUCGGCAGCACCGGAUAUGUCUGGUCGAUCAACGGUGUGACCGUAAACGCACAGGGAUCUCCUCAGCUCAGAUACGUGUUUCCCACGCCAGGAGUGUAUCAGGUCUCGGUCAUGGCUCAGAACCCGGUGAGAAAAAGGCACGCGGCCAUUUUGAUCGAAGCUCAUGAAAGGAUAGAGAGACUUUGUAUCGUGUGUCCCAAUCUGACACUCAUGAAUUACACACCGACGGGGGAGAGUCUGCACUGCACUGCUUCCUUGGCGAGCGGUUCUAACGUCAGCUACAGCUGGUACUCUGUUCACAGAGGAACAAAUCAGUCUGCUGGCCUUGGAGACAGCUUCAGGCUGCCGCUUGAAGCCCCUGGCGAUGUCUUUGUCCAUUUAACAGCCUCCAAUAAGCUGGGUGAGACAACCAGUAAUGUUUCACUCAAGGCAGUAGAGCGGGUAGCGGGUGCAGAGCUAACAACCCCAUCAGACGUCGUGGCUGCAGGGAGACCGGUGAACAUCUCUGUGGGCGUGGCCAGCGGGUCUGACCUCCAGUAUAGUUGGUAUGUCAACCCUGACCUUUCACCCCUUAGGACACACAUGCCUUUUCUUCUCCAUAUGUAUGGCCGUUUGGGUCAGAACCAGGUUGAAGUCAGAGUGGAGAACAUUCUUGGUCACGUCAGUGCCACUAAAGAGUUGACGGUUCAGGAGGAGAUACGAGACGUCGACUUUCAAAUCAACCAAAAGCCGCGUCCGUUUUAUGUCUCUACAGGUGCCGUGGUCUGGCUCUGCGGAGGCCUCCGUACAGGGAGUGAUCUGACCUGGGAGUGGGCAGUGGGAGCUGCUCUGGUUAGAGGCUCCAGCUCAUCAUUGAAUCAUUCCUUUACACAUGAAGGACUCUACAAGGUGUCCCUGAAUGUCUCCAACGGGGUCAAUUGGCAGGCGGUUUCACACAGUGUCACUGUCCAGGAGCCCAUCGGUGGACUGACACUGGACCUGAACAGGUCCAAUGUCUGCACUCAAGACCCGGUGGUGUUCACCCCACUGGUGUCCAUCGGAACCGACGUGAGCUACAACAUGACGUUUGCUGAAACUGAUUUGGAUUACGGGCUUGUAUUCUUAAAGGACCGGUUUGUCCUGACUGACCUCCCUGUUGGACUGCACGUGGUGACAGUGGAGGCAUGGAACCUGGUCAGCAGGUCAAACGUCACGUCCUCUGUUUACGUGGGUGAGCGCGUCAGUGGUUUGCACAUGGUGGGUUGUUGUUCCGUCACCUUGAGUGCUCGGACUGACAUCCGUUUUAAAGCACAAAUCCAAAGUACCUCACCGGCCGUCUACACCUGGACGUUUUCUUUGGAGGGAUCGGAGCCUGUACAGGUCAGCGGACAGGAAGUUACCUUUUCUCCACCUGGAAGUGGCACAUUAUCUGUCCUUGUGGAGGCCCGCAGCGGUGUCUGCUCACAGUCCCUGAAUGACACAUUCCUGGUGGAGUUUCCUGUUCAAGAAGUUCAUCUUCUCUGUCAAUCAGAUGGAACAUUUACCGGACACAUCGUCAAGAUCCUGGCCAGCGUGAUUGGCGGGAGUCACCUCAAGUUCCACUGGGAUUUUGGAGACUCCACUGAAGUUUUGGUGACAGACGAAAACACGGCCAAUCAUACGUACCACACUCCCGGGGUGUUUCACGCCACAGUCAAUGUUUCGAACAAUGUCAGCCAGGUAUGGACUCAGAUCCGCCUGGAAGUCCAUGACCUGCAGUGCGGAGGCCCUCAGGCCGAGUUAGUCCAGAGCCGUCCCACCAUCCUGAGGUCCAGCCCCAGCUACUUCGAAGCCGUCGUGGACGUCAAAAACUGCUCCGCAUACAAGGCCGCAUAUCUGUGGGAAAUAUUCAGGAGAUCUGAAGGGGAUCCCGGUGGCACCGCAACCGCGGUGAACCUCGGCAGCAAGGUGUCAGUGACCUCGCCUCUGCUCUCCGUACCGGGUUGGACUCUGGAGGUCGGGCGGUACGACCUGGUCUUUACCGUCUCCCUCCAAGGAACUCCUCUCAGGAUCCAGCGAGGGACAUUGUUGACGGUGGCUCCCAGGUCCCUGGAGGCCGUCAUCAAGGGGGGGUCCGUCAGACUCUGGCCCCCCCUCAGCGACCUCGUGCUGGACGGCUCAGCGUCCCGGGACCCCGACGCUGACCCGGACGCAGAGGACCAGUUGGAGUAUCACUGGGACUUCACCGAGGAGAGUUCCACAGCGUGUGAGCCUCCAUGUCCACACAUUGACAGAGAGAGAAGGCAAAUGACCGUCCCUGGCAACCAACUGCACAGCAGCAGAGUCUACGUCUUCACCCUCACCGUGCAGACGGCCGGCAAGCGAGCCGUCUCUACAACGCAGACCGUGAGGGUGUGCGAGGCGGGGAAGGUGUUUCCCGUGACGGUGGACUGUGUGUCCUGUUCUUCCUCGGCCUCCUCUUCCUCCUCCCCCUCCCGUCGGGUCAGUUACACUGACCCCCUGGUGCUGUCGGGACUCUGUGAACGGUGUGACGCCCAGGCCCAGUACCAAUGGAGUGCAAAGGACCAGAGCGGGUCGACCUUUGACCUGGACGAGGUCACCACCUCGACGGGGGGGCGUUCCCCUGCCCUGGUGCUCCGCCCCGGAGUCCUGCAGGAGGGGCGGAGCUACACCUUCACGCUGAACUGCACCCAGCCGGAGGCGGGGCUGCGGGGCAGCGGCGGGCUGACCGUGGCACCCCACCCUCCGCCCAGCGGGGGGCGCUGUGUUCUGCUCCCAGGGACAGACGUCAUCCACCCCCUGGAGACACUGGUCUCCUACAGCUGCACCGGCUGGAAGCAUGGGACCAGCGAGGGAUCCCAACUGAUCUACACCUUCCAGGUGGCUCUGUGUGGAUCCAGCAUCACAGCCUGCCCCCUGCUCACGCUCUACCGGGGAACCCGCUCCUCGCUUGGCACCGUGGUCCCGGCCGGAGUCUCUGAGCCGGAGAGGAACGGGACGGCGCUCCCCAUCACCGUACUGGUGGAGGACCAGUUCGGGGCCACGGCCAUCGCCCUCCACCGAACUCUGACGGUUGAACACCAGAGAACGGGCACCGAGGCCAGUGAUUGGCUGAGGAAACAGAGCCAGAGAGAGCUGUGGGUUUUACUCCAACAUGGCAACCCCCAGGAGAGCCUGGCCUACUCGCUGGCCCUCACCAGCCAUCUCCACCAGGUGGAGUCUGGGCGGAGUGACGCUGCGCCCUGGGACACCAGGGAGAUACGAGCGGGUGUGACCCGCCUGCUGGUCUCUCUGCCUGUCUCUACGCUCUACGACGUCGGCCAAGUGAGCUCAGCGCUGAUCCAGAGCACCGCUGUCUCCAGUAGCGAGCCGUGGUGUGCGGGUUGUCAGGAGAAGGUCCUGGAAGCGGUCGGCAGGAUGGUGCGCGUGAUGGAGGAACACGGGAGGACCCGCACGGCCUCGGUUCUCCGCGCGGGGACAAACGUCCUCCACCUUAUUGAUCGCCUCCUGACCGGGACCCCUGAGGCUGGUUCCGCCGGGAGCCCCCCAGCGCCCGGGGCGGCCCUCAGGGCCCUGGGCUACGCCGGGGCCCUCGUCCGGUCGCUGAUGGGGCCCCGCGUCCCGGGAGAGGAGCCCCUCUCUCUCGACACGCCGCACCUCACCGCCCUCGGUCUCCACGGAAACCCCUCCGAGCUGCUGUGCGCCGGCAGCGGCGUGCGUCAGAACCCGCCGGGUUCCGGCGCCGGGUUCAGGACGCGCGCGCCGUGCCCCUUCCGCAUCCCCCGCCCCCUGGCGGCCCAGCUGGCCAAUCAGAGCGCGGCGGUGGUGCAGGUGCUUCUGGCACUGGACGGCCCGGCCGGCUUCGCCGAGGCGGACCCGCCCAUCUCCACCGCCGUGGUCGCCAUGGAGAUCAGCACCCCCCAGGGCUGGCCCAUACCCCUCCGUGACCUGCCCCCCGAGCGGGCCAUCCGCCUUGCCCUGCCCAUCCCCCGAGGUGGUGGUGGAGGUGAUGGAGGAGGAGGAGGAGGAGGAGGAGGAGGAGGAGGAGGAGGAGGAUCCAACACGUCCGGGGACCCGUCCUGGAUGACUGUGUUCACGCUGCCCGCCGGAGGCGGGGUCAACUUCACGGUCCAGGCGGUGCACGGCCUGAAGGAGAAGGCAGGGCUGUACCUCAGCCUGAACCUCAGCCUGGUCCCAGGAGCCGGGGCGGCGGGCGCGGGGCGUGUCCGGGUGGAGGUGAGCCCCGCCCUACCGGGCCCCACCCCCCUGGUCCGGGAGCUGAACCUCUCCCUCUCCUCCCCGGCCGGCUCCGUGGAGCAGACCGUCUUCCUCUCCCCGCUGUUAAACAGCACCGAGGGGGCUCUCUCUGUGAGGCUGCAGUCGUCGCUGGACGCGGGCCCCAUCAGGGCCUCUGUGUGUGUCUUCAGUUCCCUGUGUCAGUACUACAACGUGACGGACGGCCGGUGGCGCAGUGACGGGCUCCGGCCACUGGAGGGCAGCACCCUCCGCUCGGCGCACUGCCUCACCACGCACCUCACCAUGUUCGGGGCCAGUCUGUUUGUCCACCCCGGGGCCGUCGUGCUGCUUGCUGCCACCGGAGGGUCCGCGAGGACCGUGGCCGUGGGCCUGGUGUGUGCGGUGCUGGUGUUGAUCCACCUGCUGCUGGGACUCGUGGCCCACCGGCUGGACCACCUGGAGGGCCGGAGGCUGGGCACGGUGCCGCUCUGUGGGCCUGGGGGGGGCUACCGCUACCGGGUCCUGGUGAAGACGGGCUGGAGGCCGGGGGCAGGCACCACGGCCCACGUGGGCGUGUGUCUGUACGGCGCGACCAAGAGCGGCGGGCGCCACCUGCAGAGGGGUGGGGCCUUCCAGCGGGGCGGCCUGGACCACUUCCACCUGGAGACCCCCCGCGGCCUGGGGGAGCUGUGGAAGAUCUGCAUCUGGCACGACAACACCGGUCUGGACCCGUCCUGGUACCUGCAGCAGGUGGUGGUCUGGGACCCCCAGACGGACCACCUCUUCUUCUUCCUGGUGGAGGACUGGCUCUCUGUGGGGGGACACGGCACCGGCACCCUGGAGAGGAGGGUGCUGGCCUCCUGUCCCGAGGACCUCUCCGGUUUCCAGCGUGUUCUGCGCUCCCAGCUGCUCUACGGGGCGGCGGAGCGCCACCUGUGGCUGUCCCUGUGGACGCGCCCCGCCCACAGCCUCUUCACCCGGGCCCAGAGGGUCACUUGUGGGGCCCUGCUGCUGCACCUCUACAUGGCCCUGGGGGCCGUGUGGCACGGGGCCGUAGGCUCCACCACACACAGGGGGCCGGUGUCGGCGGAUAUGAUGCUCAGUGGGGAGACGGUUGCCGUGGGGAUGACCCUGAGCCUGCUGGUGUUUCCUCUCCAGUGUGGUCUCUGUUGGCUGUUCCGGAAGAUACGCGGCCAGGUAACACUCGACCUGUCUGCUCCUUCGUCUCCGGUCUGUCACUCAGUGGAGAUGGACGUCUUCCUCGGCCAAUCAGCUCUCUCCGGCCCAUCCUUCCUGUCUCUGCCGGACACCUCCCACACCCCCCGACGAGACAGCAGUCCGUCAUCUCUCUUAGGCAGUAAAGCGUUUGACUCGGGCAUCCUGGCGUUCUGGGAGGCGGCGGGCCUCACCCAGGCAGCGCACGGGGGGGGUGGGGGGGGUGAUGACGGGCCCCCCCCCCACGCAGGGGCCCUGGGGGGCUGGCCCUCCUGCGACAGCCUCGCCGAGCUCACCCUCUCCGGCUCCCCCUCGGACACGACCUUCGACCCCUCCCCCGCGACCUUGACCUCCGAGCCCCUCGGCCCGUCUCCGUCCUGCGGGGGCCCGACGCGGCCGCUGAGGAGGAAGAAGGGCCUGACGCUGCCCCGGCUGGCGCCGGCCGGCCCCACCAACGCCGCCGCCGCCACGCUCGGGCUGGGCCCCUUCCCCGUCGGCCCUCUGUCCCCUGCUGGGCGACCGCGCCCCAAAGUGCUGGCCCAGUACCCCUCCCUCACCAACAGCUUCCUGACGCAGUCUGAGGAGAACCUCCUCAGAUCCAUCCACACCGAGGACCCGGAGGACAUGAAGAUCACCUCCUCCACCUCCACCUCCGACAGCGGCCGCUACUCCCCACGCGGAUCCUCUUCCUCCUCCUCCUCCUCCUCCUCCUCCUUCACAAACACCCAGAGCAACUCCUGCAGCUCCUGGUCCGACGGCUGGGGGUCAGAGGUCAAAGGUCAGGGGGGGCCCUGGACCCCCGCCUCCCGGUACCGCCCCCCCUCCGCCCAGUCCAUGGACUCUGUGGCCAGCACCUCCUUCCCCAGCACCUCCCGCCCCCCCUCCUCCCUCACCCUCCUCUCCGUGGCCAGCACCUCCCUCCCCAGCCCCUCCCCCGAUCACCCCCGCUCCCCGUCGGCCACGCGCAUAGGCGUGGCCCGGGGUCCGGCCGGCUGGCUGCUCCCCGGCUGGGCUCUGCGCGUGGUCUACCCCCUGGUGGCGGCGUUGCUGGCGGCCUGCCUGGGCUGCGUGGCGCUCUACGGCCGCGCCUUCCCCCGCGCCGUGCUGCUCCUGUGGCUGGCCUCCGUCCUGACGGCCUUCCUGAGCUCCGCCCUGCUGCUGGAGCCGCUCAAGGUGUGCGUCCAGGCCCUGCUCUACACCGUGCUGUGGCGGCCCGUGGACCCGGAGGUGGAGGAGCUGCUGUCCCGGGAGGCCGUGGUCCGGAGGCCCGAGGUGGAGCCUGGGGCCACAGUACGCCCGCCGUGGGGAUACGGCCUCUUGCAGGCCAGGCAGGAGGCGCAGAAGGCCCUGGCGCUGCGCUCCCUCAUGAAGCACUGUGUGUGUCAGCUGUUGUUCCUGCUACUGGUUCUACUGGUGAACUACCAGAGCAGCCCCGAGGAGGGACUGGGCCGGAUGCUGCGGGCCAGCACCCAGCGGGCCCUGAACACAGCACCCACGGGUGGCCCCAACCUCACCUCACUCACAUGCUGUCCGGAGGCGUGGCGGUGGAUGGACCGCGUCCUGGUGCCCCUCCUCCACCCCAACCCAGGGCCCGUGAGGCUGGUGGGGUUGCCACGGUUGCGGGUCACGGCCCACCUCGGAGGCGCCGCCCAGGUGGUCGCCCUGGGCAACGGCAGCGGGGCCACGAGACGCCUGCUGGGGGAGCUGUCUGAGGGGGGAGGGGCCACAGCACAGUUCAGGCUGCUCUCGGUGGACUUCACGCUGGCCCACCCGGAGACGGGCCUGCUGGUGUGUGUGAGCCUGCAGCUCAGGUGGUCUCCUCCUCAGAGGGUCGCCCCCUCCCUGACCGUCCACCCCCUCCUCGUCCCCCCAGACCCCGGCCCCCACCUGCAGCUGGCCCUGACGGUCCUCCUCCUGGCCUCGGCCCUCCUCCUGCUGGCCGGGGAGAUGCACGCCAUGGCUACUGAGCGCGCUCAGUACAUCCGGCAGGGCGGCCAUUGGCUCCAGCUCUGCCUGGCCUCGUUGUCCAUGGCAACAGCGAUACUGCAGCUGCAAUGCCAAUCUCGUGCCUCCGGCUGUGUCCAGCAGCUCCGGUCGGCGGAGGACACCUUUGUGGACUUCCACAGUGUUGCUCUUCUGGCUGCCCGGGCGUCCCAGCUGGCUGCUGUCCUCCUCACUCUGGUGCUUCUGAAGCUGCUGGGGGCCGUGGUGGCGGGGUGCCGGUGGGUGCUGCUCCCCAGGGUGCUGGCGUCGGCGUGGAGGGAGCUGGGAGCUGUGGGCCUCCUGCUGCUGCUCCUCCUGACGCUGGGGGCGCACGGCGGCCUCGUGGUCUUCUCCUCCUCCACGGAGGGCUUCAGCUCCCUGCGUGCGGCGGGGGUCUCCGCCGUGGCCCUCCUGCGGGGCCGGCUGGUCCUCCGCCGGCUGAGCAGGGCCCACCCGGUCCUGGGGCCGCUCUACGCCCUCCUGCUGACAGUGGCCGGCCUCUGGCUGCUGGCCCGGCUGAGUGGAGCUCUGCUGAUCCACAGCUACAGGACAGUGAAGGCGACGCAGCGUCCCGUACCCCAGGACCCCGACAUGCUGGAGUUCUUCAUCAAGAGGCUCAAGCUGUGGACCGGCCUCACCAAGGCCAGAGAGUUCCGGCACAGGGUCAAGUUUGAAGGCAUGGGGUCGCCUCCUUCCAGGGUCGACUCCCGGCUCUCCUCCAGGGUCGACUCCUCCUCCCCCUCCACCCUAUCGGUGCGCUCCGAGGACUCGUGGGCGUCGCCGGGCCCCGGCCCCAUCCCCGCCCCGGGGGCCCGCCUCCUGCCCGGCGUGGACGCCCUGCUGGCCGCGUUCGAGCGGGUGAACCGCAUCACGGAGGAGGUGCACGGCCUGGAGCUCAGCCUGGAGGAGGCGCAGGGCCGGACGGCAUCCGGGGAGACGCGUGAAGGAGCAGGAGGCGGAGCCACCAGAUGCAGGAGGGCGAGCGUGCUGAACCCCCGCCUGCCCAGGGCCUCGCUGCCGACCUGCGCCUCCUUCGACUCCUCCCCCCUCCGGGCGUCGCCCCUCCCCCGCCUGCGGAGCUCCGCCUCCGAGUCGCGCUCGGCCGGGCCUCCGCUGUCUCGCCUCCCCGCCGACGCUCCCCCCUCUGGGCCCUACAUCCAGGAGGGGGGGUACAUCCAGGGCCCAGGGGCCUACCUGGGGGCCUCCCUCCAGGGCCCUCCACCCGGCGUGGAUUCCCUCCCCAGGAGGAGGGCCUGGCACUCGGGGAGCUCACAGUGGUCCAACGCGGCCCUCGGGGCCCCUGGGGGCCCGGACGGGACCGGGCCGUCUGGCCCCUGGUGCGGAGGGGGCCCCCCGGCGCCCGGCCGACCCAGGAGCGAGGAGACCUCCAGGGGGUCGGCCGGCGACAGAGCCCCCGUCAAGAGGAAGGCCUGGAGCUCCGACGGAGCAGAGAGCCAAUAGGCAGACAGGAGGGAGAGCCAAUGAGAAACGACCUUGUUGGUGUUACUAACGGGAGAACGCUGUAUUAUAAAUAGAAUUAGGAGUCUAGUUGACGAGGUUUCCGCUGAUGUCUACCUCUUUGGUUCUAUAAAGUUUUGUUCCAUACUGAUGUUGUAGAGCUACUUAGUGUAAUACUUGUGAACGCAUACAUAUUUGUUUUGUAAAAGAGAUAUAUUAGUAUAAAAUAAAGAUA